AUCUUACAUCCAAACAAAGCCUUGUAAACUAAAAAUUCCUUAUGCAAAAACAAGAAAGAAUAAUAAUUCAACUUUCCUCCUCAACAAAAACAAGCUCCCACCACACACAAACACAUUCUCCCAAAAAAUAAAUAAAUAAAAAUGGUCACUACCGAUGAAGUCAUCACUCCUCCUCCGGCGAGCCACCGCGCCGCCGUCCCGCCACCUCAGCCAUUUUCCCGGUCACUGAAAAACACACUGAAGGAGACAUUCUUCCCGGACGAUCCCCUCCGGCAGUUCAAGGGCCGGCCAGCCGGCCGACGGGCAAUUCUUGGUCUGCAGUACUUCUUCCCGAUACUCGAGUGGGGCCCACGGUACACGCUCGACUUCUUCAAAUCGGACCUCAUAGCUGGCAUCACCAUCGCCAGCCUGGCAAUCCCGCAGGGCAUCAGCUACGCCAGGCUGGCGAACCUGCCGCCAAUCCUCGGACUCUACUCGAGUUUUGUUCCGCCAUUGAUUUACGCGGUUAUGGGGAGCUCGAGAGAUUUGGCCGUGGGAACAGUAGCCGUUGGAUCAUUGCUGACUGCAUCGAUGUUGGCGGCCGUGGUUAAUCCGGUGGAGGAUCCCACACUGUAUCUUCACCUUGUUUUCACGGCGACUUUCUUUGCCGGCCUAUUUGAAGUCGGCCUCGGCAUUUUCAGGCUAGGGUUCAUAGUGGAUUUUCUAUCGCAUGCAACCAUAGUAGGGUUCAUGGGCGGCGCGGCCACGGUGGUGUGCCUGCAGCAACUCAAGGGCAUUUUAGGACUUGACCAUUUUACCCAUGCCACCGACGUUAUCUCAGUCAUGCGCUCCGUCUUUUCUCAAACCCAUAAGGAAGGAAUAGCAGUGGGCCGAAGUUUUUCAAUGUUCAAGAAUUACCAUAUUGAUGGCAACAAAGAAAUGAUCGCUAUUGGGAUGAUGAAUAUUGUGGGCUCUUGUUCUUCUUGCUACCUUACAACGGGGCCAUUUUCGCGCUCGGCGGUCAACUUCAAUGCUGGAUGCAAGACAGCUGUCUCAAAUAUUGUCAUGGCAAUUGCAGUCAUGAUAACGUUAGUCCUUUUGACUCCAUUGUUCCACUAUACGCCGAUCGUUGUACUCUCCUCGAUCAUAAUUACCGCCAUGCUUGGCCUCAUUGACUACGAUGCGGCCAUCCAUUUGUGGCAUGUGGACAAGUUUGACUUUCUCGUGUGCAUGAGCUCCUACAUUGGUGCGGUCUUUGCUAGCUUUGAAGUCGGUCUGGUUAUGGCGAUUGGACUAUCUAUAUUGAGGGUGCUACUAUUUGUUGCUAGGCCAAGGACUUUGGUGCUGGGGAAUAUUCCAGAUUCCAAUGUAUUCAGAAGUGUUGAUCAGUACCAAAAUGCAAUUAAUGUGCCAGGAGUUCUCAUUCUUGAAAUUGAUGCCCCGAUUUACUUUGCCAAUUCCAACUAUUUGAGAGAAAGAAUUUCAAGGUGGAUUGAUGAUGAAGAAGACAGAAUCAAGUCAUGUGGAGAAAUUGAAUUGCAAUACAUUAUACUAGACAUGAGUGCCGUUGGAAACAUCGACACGAGUGGAAUUAGCAUGUUCGACGAGGUCAUGAAGAUCAUCGAUCGGAGGGGGCUCAAGUUGGCAUUGGCCAAUCCAGGGGCUGAGGUGAUGAAAAAGCUAGACAAAUCGAAGUUUCUAGAAAGAAUGGGCCAAGAUUGGAUCUUCUUGACCGUGGAGGAUGCUGUUGGGGCAUGCAAUUACAUGUUACACAGCUUCAAGCCCAAAAUGGAUAAUAAUGAUUUUUCAGAUGAAAAAUAUAGCAAUAAUGUGUGAGAUUGAGAGUUAAAAAAAGGCUAAAUAAAAUGAUGUGUGUUUAAAUUUUGAGAUGGAGUUAGAAAAUGCGAAAUGCAAUUUUUCCUCAUCCCAAAUUAUGGUACAAUGUCUAAUUCGCUUUGGAUAAUUUUUGCACUAGCUGGGAAGCUUGCUUCAAAUAUUGAACAAAGUAAUGAAUAGUUAAAUAUACUGCGAUGAUAAAAUAGAGUAGGUAAUCUAUACAUAUAUAAUAACAAUUAUCAUUUAUUAAAAAUAGUAGCAAAAUAAUAGGUCAGAAUUUAAU